AUGGCAGAUCCAACCACUUCUGCUGCGGCCACAGGCGCCAGCAAGCCCGCUGCGGCUCCGAAGCCACCCAACCCAGUGUUCGCAAUGAUGGGCAUGCCCAACAUGCGCUUCAAACUGCCUUCCCGCAACUGGAUGAUCUUUCUCACAAUCACCGGGUCAUUCACGGGUGCUCUCAUCUACGACCGCCGCGAGAAACGCCGCGCGCAACAAAAAUGGUCGGAGCUCGUGGCUCACCUUGCCAACGAUCCCCUACCCAUUGACCAGAUGCGCCGCAAAAUGACGGUCUACCUGGCUGCACCACCUGGAGAUGGCUUGCGCGUGGCCCGAGAUCAUUUCAAGGAAUACGUCAAGCCAAUCCUGGUCGCCGCCGCGUUGGACUACACCGUGGUUGAAGGACGACGGGAGGGAGACGUGCGUGCCGGCAUGGCGGAGAACAUUCGCAAGCUGCGUCGCAAGGCUGGUGAGCCAAGCUCAGCCGUCGAGGAAACCGGUGUCGAGGCCAUCGUUGCCGAGACGCGCGAACGCAUCGGUAUCUCCGAUGAACCCGGCCCCAAGGGUGAUCUCGUGAUUGGAAGACACACCUGGAAGGAAUAUAUUCGCGGAUUGCACGAGGGUUGGCUCGGACCGCUGGACGCACCACCUCCACCCCCUGCCUCAGCUCCCGAAGAGAUCCCGGAGACAGUUGAGGGCAUCAACGUGGACGGCACACCCGAGGCCGCCGAGACCGAGAAGGAAGAAAAGCCCAAGCCCGUCGGUCCUACGCCCGCAUAUAUCACUCCCACCGACUACUCGUCCGCCAGCCUCCCCUCUACCCUCCCCCACAGCUUUGACAGCUCCAUCCCCGUCGAAUUCCCUCACAUUCUCGGCUUCCUCAAGACCCCAAUCCGAAUUUACCGGUUCCUCACACAACGCUACCUUGCCGAUAGCGUCGGCCGCGAUGUUGCUGCCAUUGUCCUCGCAGCCAAUGCCCGGCCAUACCGCGAUGAUGUCCUCAGCCCUGACUUCGACACCACCGGUGCAAGUGUUGACUCUACCCCAUCCCCUGACAGCUCUUUCACGGACCUCCCAUCGAACAACUUCGAGCAACAGACCGUCCUAGAGGCUGCCGAGAAGGAGUGGCACAAGUCCGUGCACAAGCACGAAGAAGGCGAAGGCGAGCGUGUCUGGCUCAACGACAUUGUCCUCGAUCCCCGCAUUGCCUCGCGCAUGCAGCGUGCCGUUCUCUCGCCCGAGGAUGACGGCCGUGCUCAGCGCAUUGCCGAGCAGCAGGAGUAUAUUCUUGGCGAGGAGCGUCCCGUUCCCGUUCCUUUCUGGAAGCGCAUGUGGAUCGACUACGGCUACGGCGAAAGCGAGGAGGCCCUGAAGCGCAAGCCGAUUCUGGGUAACAUUGACGGAGAGGAUGGACAGUGA